AGCUUCCGCCCUCUUUGCGGCUUGUUCAACUACAGUACUUAGCAAAAUCAAUAGCGAGCAACUGUAAAAACUGAGUUUUUCUGCUGCAUUGUUAACAAUCGUCUUUGUUUCCGAUCUACUUCGUUAGGACAAAGACUACUAGAAAAUGUUGUUGCGUGACCUCCUGCAGAACCUCCACGCGGAGUCAUUUAUCUGCGAUCAUGAUCUUGCGCUUCUUGUCCCGGCCGGGGGCAGCAUGAUCUCGAGCAGCAAGAGCCUGCAGCACUGUACGCGUGAUUGUUUCUCGGAUGGGCCGCGGGGGUCAGUUCUUGUAGUACCACCGCAAGAGAACCAGGCAUCAUCUUGUUCAGCCGCAAAACUACAAGGCACAUCCUUCUUGUCAACAGUGCUGCGAGAAAAUGAAACAACCGCGACCGCAUCUUCCGCAACGACCACCACCAGGAGGCCGCAGACCAGAACUUCUUUCUCCUAUCAAGUGCAAAUGUGUCUGGAUCUGGAAAUUUGUCUUGCUGAUAGUGAUAGUAAGUUGUACUCGCAUUCUUGGGUCAAUACUAUUAGCCCCUUGUAUAAUCACAAUCAGGCAGUAGAACAGCAUCAGAAGUUUGGAAAGGCUCUUUAUUCGUAAUUCAUUCGUAAAACGCAUGACAAAUGACUUCAAUCCAGCGCGACAAAAAAAGGACUGCUCAACAAUUAUCGCAUUGAUGCAUUACAGAUCUUCUUGUCAUUGAAGUCUUGCAUUGGAAAUCCAGACAUCUUCUAUUUGCAGUGCAUAGCUCCUACUCCAGCUCCAUUCGCGAGGUGGACGAAGCGGUAAAUUCGCUGACAAAAAUACCUAUCCUCUGCAAAAGUAUCGUACUAACUCGUACUAGUGCGUUUAUGCAUAAAUUUCUUUGUCAAGCUGAAUCCGCAUUACCAAUUGCCUUUCGCAUUAUGCUGCGCAAAUUUGUGAUGUAAAAAGCAGUUGCAAGUUGUUCUAGUAAACGAUUACACUUUUGCAAAAAUUCAUAAUACGAAAGGACUUGCACGAUGUUGACGCGGAGGAGAAAAAGUUGGAAGAGUACGGAAAAUGGAUUCCAACGAAGAAGAUGAUCUCGAACGAUUUAGUGCCGAAAGCGCUGAAAAAUCUGGACAAAACACUAGCGACGGUGAAUAAAAUACAGUGAAGAAAUUGAAAUCUUCAUGUUGAACAACAAGCUCUUGUGGUCGCUACUGAUUUAUUUUCAAUCUUCGACUGCACAUCAAGGAAGUGGAAGACGAGCUGGAACCUCUGCUGCAGUGGAUUUCUUUACCACGAAGAAGUAAGUACGACACGACUCUUCAUACGACGAAGGCGUAUUGAAUCUUCAGUAU